AUGCCCUCGCAGCAGCUCGUUUUGGACAACGGCGCGUACCAGAUCAAGGCCGGGUUUGCGGACCACGGCCUGCCGCUCGCCGUGGACAACACGCUCGCCAAGGCGCGCGACGGCAUCGUCUACAUCGGCAACGAGUACCGGGCACACGCCAACUUGCACCUGGGCAUCAGCUUCAAGCGGCCGCACGACCAGGGCCACUUGACGCUGUGGGAGACACAGAAACCCGUGUGGGACUACACGUUGGACCGGCUCCUGCCGCGCCGCGCGCUCGACCCGCUGGACGUGCGGCUCGUGUUGACGGAGCCGCCGUUCCAGCUCCCGCAGCUCUCCAUGAACACCGACCUCGUGGUGUUCGAGGAGUACGGCUUUGCGGAGUACUACCGCUGCGCCGCGGCGCAGCUCGUGCCGUGGGCCGUGCCGCGCGCGCCGCCGGACUACGCGUUGGUGGUGGACUGCGGCCACGGCGCCACGCACGUGGUGCCCGUGUUGGGCCAGCGCGUGAUGUGGGCGGGCGUGCGCAAGCUCCCGUUCGGCGGGCGCCACGUGACCGGGCUCCUCCGCGAGACGGUGGCGUUCCGCCACUACGACGUGGCGGCCGAGCCGGUGCUCCUCAACACCAUCAAGGAGCAGACGCUGUACGUGGCGGCGGACUUUGGGCAGGCGCUCCGCGCGCGGCUGCGCGCCGCGUGCGAGUUUGUGCUCCCGGACUUCAAGACCACGGCCACGGGCCACGUGCGCGAGCCCGGGCGCCCGCUUGCGCCGGGCGCGCAGACCAUCGUGCUCCGCGACGAGCGCUUCACGGGCCCGGAGGCGUACUUCCGCCCGGAGAUCUUGUUGGACAACUGCGCGUGGUCGCGCAGCGCGGUGCUCCAGAACGCGGGCUUCCGGAACCUCCCGGCGUUGGUGGUGGACGCCAUCAUGGCGUGCCCGGCGCCCGUGCGCCCGAUGCUCCUGGCCAACAUCCACGUGGUGGGCGGCGCCGCCAACUUGCGCAACUUCCGCGCGCGGCUCGCGGCGGACUUGCGCCUGGAGCUCCCGGCGGCCUGGGGCGUGCGCGUGGUGGACCAGGCCCAUGCCUUGGACCACGCGGCCUGGCACGGCGGCUGCGCCUUGGCGCAUUCGGACGUCUUGGACGCCGUCAAGAUCACCAAGCAGGAGUUCUACGAGCACGGCGCCAGCUGGUGCCAGAAGCAGUUUGGCUUCCGCAACUUCGCCGACUCCUAG